AUGUCUGAAUUGAUAUGUAGCAGCGAAAAUGAAGUGUAUCCUCUUCACGAAUGUGUUUUUAUGGGAGACGUGCGCAAAUUGUCGUCGUUACUAAGGUUCAAUGAUGUGACUAGAAAAGAUAAACAUGGAAACACAGCAUUGCACCUAGCUGUUAUGCUAGGUCGCAAAGAAUGCGUGCAACUUUUAUUAGCUCAUGGUGCGCCGGUAAAGGUAAAAAACCUUGCAGGAUGGUCCCCACUUGCAGAGGCUAUCAGCUAUGGUGAUCGCCAAACUAUAUCUUCGCUGGUCCGCAAACUGAAACAGCAAGCUCGUGAACAGAUGGAAGUCAGAAGACCAGAUCUUAUAAGGGCUCUAUCACAAAUACAGAACUUUUAUAUGGAAUUAAAAUGGGACUUCCAUUCUUGGGUACCCCUUGUGUCCAGAAUAUUGCCAUCCGAUGUAUGCAAAAUUUACAAAUCAGGUUCUGGUAUUAGAUUGGAUACAACAUUAGUAGACUUUACUGAUAUGAAAUGGGAAAGGGGCGAUGUUUCAUUUAUUUUUAAAGGUGAAAAACCACCAAGUGAGUCACUAACAGUUCUGGAUAACAAGGUUAAAGUGUUCCAACAUGUCCGCUAUGAGGAAACAGAAAAUGAAAUAGAGGAUGAAGUGGAUCUGCUCAUGUCAAGUGAUAUACUUGCUGCACAAAUGUCAACUAAAGGCAUCUCAUUUUCUAGGGCUCAGUCCGGCUGGAUCUUUCGUGAGGACAGAAAGGAGACUGUUGCUGGUUUAUAUAAAAGUAAUAUCUAUACUAUUUCAGGUCUUGUUUUAGAGUCACGAAAGAGAAGAGAACAUCUAUCAACGGAUGAUUUGCAAAAAAAUAAAGCAAUUAUAGAAAGCUUAACUAAAGGUAACACGCAAAACUUGGACACCAACGGUGAGCCAGUGAGGAGAGCAUCUCUGAACCCUCCACCUGAGAGUAGUAUUGACUGGGAAACAUACAUAUCAUCAUCCCCCGGAGAGUACCCUGGUCUAGGAAGGGAGCUUGUGUACAAAGAAUCAUCCAGGAAUUUCCGAGCCACUAUUGCUAUGAGUGAUGAUUUUCCUCUGAGUGUUGACAUGCUUUUAAAUGUCCUUGAAGUGAUAGCACCUUUUAAACACUUUGCAAAAUUACGUCAAUUUGUAGCAAUGAAACUGCCUAAGGGUUUUCCAGUAAAAAUAGACAUACCCAUCCUUCCGACUGUAACUGCAAAAAUUACAUUUCAAAAAUUCGAAUUUCGUGAUAAUAUUCCCGAUGAGUUAUUUGUGAUACCUGAAGACUAUGUAGAAGAUCCAUUACGUUUCCCUGAUUUAUGA